AUGGAGUUUGACCAAUGGCGUCGCUUGUUGGCCAACGCAGUCUUCUCGCCUGCCCGGCCCGGCCCCGAGCCCAUAGUGCGGUACAAGUGCGAGCUGCCCUGUCUGUCGGCGGGAAUGCAUCACCAUCGAGCCGACCUCGUGCCACCCAGUGCCGUCAUCACUGCCCACGGAGGAACGGAAGGCUUUCUCUAUGCCUGUCUAACAACCCCCCACAAUGCAGCCUUAUGGCAGCCCCUCAGUGGCGAUUCACGCCCGCCCGUCUAUUCGAAUCGAGGUCACUAUCAUCUAGGCUCACAAACCCUGCUCAUGCAACCGCUGGGUGACCCGAGUCGAGCCAGUGAGCGCCUAACCUCUGGCCUCCCCAAGCCCUUGACCCAAACAGCAGUCAUUGCGAGAACCCCGCACGCACUCAUUCUGCUACACAUGGGUCUGCGGGACGGGAUGCAGGCAAACACUACGCCAUGUUUGGACAGUCCACCAGUCAAAUUACCUGUGACAGAGAGCAAGCCACGAUUGUCGUCGGCAACCGUGUCGCCGCCUCCUGCGGCAAGCAUGGCGCGUCGAGCAGGCGCGCAACAGGAGUCACUGCCGCCAAUCGCGGCUGCCAGUGCCGACGGCGAGGCCGAUCGCCAAGCCAGUGGGACAACAAGUCCACUGCCGGCGGUGGUGGAGGAGGGGGUCGAGCAGGACGAUGGUCCUGUCUUGCCAGACGUCGGGGCUAUGGACCUUGAGCCCCGUGUGGCCAACAAACGACAAGGCUCCGGGCAAGUGCGGGCGGUGGAGGCAGGUGGCGGCAGCGUUCUGCCUCUGGUCUUGGUUCAGACCUUGCAGCCUACGAUUGAGGCUGGCAAGGCCCCCGGCUAUGCACGGCCCGAAGCAGAAAAACACGUGCGUCGUGCACGUAAGGUUCCGCCCCCGGGCCUGGCCGAGCCUUUGGUGACCAGCGAGCCUUUUGCUCGACCUUACCGGGCACGGCUGGAUGGGGAGCGGGUGCGGUUGCCCUCACGCACCGAGAUGAUCCAUCGGGUUCUGCAUGCGCAGGACAGCCCGCGUGUCUCGAACAGCCGGUCCCUCUACCACUACGAUCCACUACGACACACCAUUGGCUCGAUUCGGGACCUAAACCAACCGCGAGACCGUUACGCCCCGCGCUGGCGUUGA